UCAAGGUAGCGGCUGGUGGUCGGCAGUGGGGGAGGCGUGGUUUUUCCAAGAUGGCGGCGGCAGUGGUAAGAGGUGUUGGAUCAAAGUUAAGCCAGAACCUGAGGGAGCUUCGCAUUCACUUGUGUCAGAGCUCGGCUGCCAGCAAGGGUACCAGGGAUUUCAUCGAACAGCACUAUGUGGCAUUGAAGAAAGCAAAUCCAGAAUUCCCUAUUCUAAUCCGAGAAUGUGCUGGUGUACAGUCUAAAAUGUGGGCUCGAUAUGGAUUUGAAUCUGGGUCUCUGGAACAUUACCUGGAUCUCUGGAUUAACAGUAAAGAAAGAAUACUUGCUUCCCCUGAGGAGCUGGUGAUUAUUGGAUCUAAAUGAAAUUACUGCAGAGAACAUUACAUCGCCUUCUCCUGUCGCUGUGUGCACUGGAUCCUUACCUUGCCUGUGAAGUAGGUGUCAAUGAGAAAGUUGGCUCGGAUUCUGAUCUCUUGGUUACAGUGAUACUGAGCCAUCUCAAGAGCCAAGAUUCCAUUUUGGUUUGCAAAUCUUGCACAGGCCUGUCAGAAUUGGAUAUUUGAAAGGAUGCAUUAAACAUGAAUUUUGUUUUAAAAAAA